AAUGGUAGAGCCUACACGUUCCAAAGUCAAACCCAAUUAUUGCGUAUGCUGGGGUGUAAUCAUUAGUCCAAAACCAGAGUUUCUAUUGGAGAAAUUCAGGUAGGUCCCUCCCCGUUUCGUUCUGUUUUCUUCGGUUUAAGAAUGUUUUACUACAGAAUCCGCGUAAUGAAUACGCCCCUGAGCUCUCUGGGUGUAGCUAAAUCCUUCGCUCUGCAACCCCGCUUUCUCUGGACAGCGUGGGAAAUUGGCCCAAUUACACUAAUGUAAAACAAUGAUCAUGUCAAUUGUGUUUGACCUAUUCUAUUGAAUGUUUCUCAUGAAAUGUGUUACUAACUGGUCCAUUGCCAAAUUCGAGCUUGACGUUCCCAUAUCGAAUCCCAGGACAACAGUAACGUCCAACGAUGGCUGACAAAGUGAAGGUAUUCUGUAUCAUGUUCAACAAUGAAGACAAGCGUGAAUACAGUGCUGGUGAAGUUCUAUCUGGACACGUUGUGGUCGAGGUGUCUACAGGUGUGUCGGUACAAAUCAAAGCUGUCAAAAUAUCGACCAGAGGAUGUGCCCAGGUCUGUUGGGGUGAAGGGACUCGACAAGCAUCAUCACCGAGCAGUGCUGCUAUAGCAAACACAUCAUCUCAGUGUGAGCAGGUGGAAUACUUCAGCAUAUCUCAAACUCUCAAAGAAACACCAGAUGGUGAGGAAUUCAUCAGUCUUGAUGAAGGGCAUUAUGAGUUCCCCUUUCAUGUGGAGCUCACUCAAAUGCCCCUUGUUACCUCUUUCAAGGGGAAGUAUGGGAGUGUUUGCUAUGAGGUGACAGCUGUAUUACAGAGGCCCUUGAAUCAAGAUCAAACUGUCAACAGAGAAUUCUCUGUUAUCAGCCAUAUUGAUGUCAAUUCCCCGUGGUUACUGUCCUCUGUGUCUACAAACAACAAGAAGAUGAUUGGCUGUUGGAUUUUUACCUCAGGCCCCAUCUCUCUGAAUGUCAACAUCAACAGAAGGGGCUACUGUAACGGAGAUUCAAUUCCCAUCUAUGCUGUGAUUGAGAACUAUUCGUCUCGACUCAUUGUGCCUAAAGCAGCUAUCUACCAAAUACAGACCUUCAUGGCAAAUGGCAAAACAAAAAGUCAUACAAAGUUGGUUGCCAGUGUGAGGGGUAACCACAUUCCAUCAGGCUGCACAGACACCUGGAAUGGAAAAACACUGAAGAUCUCACCUGUCUCUGCCUCAAUUCUCAACUCCUCAGUCAUCAGAGUAGAAUACUCCCUGGCAGUCAUGGCACAGAUACCAGGUGCUAAGAAACUCAAGGUGGAGCUUCCCAUUGUGAUUGGCAGUAUACCAUACAAUGGCCUUGACAGCAGAAGCUCCAGCUUGAGCAGUCACUUCAGCAUGGACAUGAGCUGGCUUGCACUGGCGCUUCCUGAAGUGCCUGAAGCCCCCCCUAACUAUGCGGAUGUGGUGUCUGAGGAAGAGUGUGAACUGCACAGCCCCUCUUACUCUCAGUCCGAGGAGUUGGAGAGACAGCUUGGUGGACCAGCCUUUGCUUACAUCCAGGAGUUCAGGUUCCAGCCUCCACCACUGUACUCUGAGGUCAGUUCUCACAUUUGGUGUCUCACAUUGUUAACUAAACAUUUGACUUAUUCUGAGUAGUGCUUUAGGCUAAAUGUUACUUUUCUGCUUUCUAACAACUGUCUUCAUUCAUAACAGGUUGAUUCCCACCCAGUCCAUAGCUAGGCAAAAUGUUGAGCCUUGCAAUGUUGCAAAAUUGCAAUGUUGCACAAUAUGUAUAUCGUGGUGGAAAGAGUGUAAUAUAGAGUGAUCAAGUCUUGAACUAAUUAAACUUUGGAUUUAAAAGCAGAUUAACAGUAUUUUUUGAAUAAUUAUAUACUAGGCUGUGUUGAGAAAUGGAGCGCACUCUUUACAUGACUGUUAUUAGAAAGGGAAUUACUGCACAGCACAUUGUUGUAGCAGGUGGGUGCAACAUUAUACAAGAUAAGGUGUGUUAUCUACUGUAUAUCAUGUAAAUUACUUUGAGAGCUACUGAAACAGGUUUUGUUGUUGAAAUCUAUAAUAGAUUUAUUCCUUUAUGUCGUGAAUCCUUUCCUGAUGCAGUGGGCCACAUGUUCAGGGUGUAUAAUACAACAUUGGCAUUCUUUUUGAUACAUUGUAACUAAAAAGUUGAAAAUGUCUGAGCAGAAACUGUAAUAUGCUUUGAUAGUUCAAAGGUUAUGCAAAGGUAUUAAUUCCAGGUGGAUAUUUUGACCUUGGAGUUGUUCCUUCUCAGAAUGUAUUGCCUUAUCUGAAAUGUAACUGAUGUUGAGUUUACAUUGUUGGUUUUGAAUUGUGAGUGCCUGGGGAAAACCUUGGAUCAUGCAGUGUUGUGAAUGUUUACCAGGUACAGACGUAUGUAUGUAAGUUAUCAUGUUGCUAUUUACCAGUUUAUCUAUUGAAAUGUAUACUUUUGCAGGAUGAAUACAAAGACAUAUUACCAUACUACUGUAUGUGUUACAUUUUAUCAGAAUGGCAUGUUGCUAUUACAUACAUCAGUGAAUCUGAACCCAGUGGGUUUCUGUUAAACUUGUAUUUUUGUAAUUUUACAAAAAGUUUGAAUAAAAUCAUUUGACAAUG